UUAUUCCAAUGGGAGAUGAAUUAAAUUGUUGCGACCAGCUCGAAAACUCAUCGGGAUCGCAUUUAUGUUUCUAUUUUAAAAAUAGCUCUCGUUCAACAGCCAGUCGAUGUCGUUUCAUUUUAUAUUACAGGAAAUUAGCAAUGCUUUCUUUGAAGUUAAAUGCUUGCUUAUUUGGACGUAGUGUAGCAAGUUUAUUUUCCAUUUAUUCCUUUUAUAUCUUAUCCUUUAUUUAUUAUUGAUGCUACUGGUAGAGAUGUUGAUACUUUUAUCAUAGCAUCCAUGUAAAAUUUGAAAGUGCGAUUCAAAAAUUAACGGCAAUCUAAGUUCUGCAUUUAUUCCCUAUUUCAUUUUUUCGUAAACGAUGUCAGAUCCAUGCAGCAGGAAAAAUAUUUAGAUAAAUAUUCGCAUCUUCAGGUCGCAUUGCUGGUUUCGAGUUAUCACCACUAGCAGCUUACUAGAGUGAGAAUGUUUUAAGCCUAUCUAUCAGGGCUUAGAAAGUUGCAGUAUGCUUUAAUUUCUAUGGUGAAUAAUGAAGAUAUGGCCUAAGCUGCACAGAAGUUUUGGGACAGUAUUAUUAAUGGAGAUUUGUUCUAGCAAUGUUGAUGUGUUCUUGGAGAAUAUGUAGAAUGUAACAUAUUGGCUUGGUCAUAUAUAGAUACUUCAUGAUAUAUCUUCCACUUUCAUUAAUUUUCAUUUUGUGAUUGGUUUCAAUUCAAGGAGGACUAAAAAACUUCUAGCUGUAAUUUUCUUUACUUGGAUUUCAUCCUUCGUAUGGUCAUUGCAUAUGAAUUCGAAAUAUUUAAAUUCUGGCUUUUGUUGAGCUAGUGAUAAUUUUUCUGUAAAGUUAAUGUGUCUAUUAGUUUUUUGAAUUUUUCGCAAUUCAUUUGUAUUUUGUGAUUAUAGGUAGAAAAAUGUGCAGUUCGUCGGCAGAUUGUAGUAUUCUUGGAGAUCGUUUCAAAAGGCUUCGGCAUUGUGUAUUUCCUGCUCUCUAUAAUUAUACAAGGCUGCUUAAAAUAUCGUUGAAAAUGGUUGGUAGAAUUAUUUGUAAAAUGCCAAAUCGAUUUGUACUCAUUAAAAUGCCCUUAAAUUAUCGAAAAAAAAGAAUUUCUUGUCCGUAGAAAUUUGCAAGAAAAUUUAUGAAUUAAUUAAUAAUGUCGAAAAGAUUUAAUAAACAAAUUUUAUUUUUCACUUUGAAAAAUAUCGCAAAAAAAAUAUUAGAUUAGUGGUAAUCGAUUCAAAACAUCGGUUUAUAUCGGUCCCUUUCUGUUUUUUUUUUUAAACAAGUUCAUUUGGCAAAAGUGAUUUGGUGAAUAUAUAUAGACUGAAUAUGUCUUAAAUUACAAUUUUUUUUUCUUCAAUAUUUUUUCAUAAACCUUUUUUUCAGCUGGUUUUUUAAAAAUUUUAAAAUAUUCAAAUGACCGCGUAAAAAAAGAAUUUAUUGCAAAUUAAGUUAUUGCAGAAAUAAGUUAUUAUAAAAAUUUAAGUAAGUGCUGUCAAAUGAAAGGGAUUUAAAGGUAGAAUAAAAGUAGAUCUGAGUUUAAAAAAAAGUAUCAUUAAUAAAAAAUUAGCAAUAAUAAGCAUAAUGAACUUGGUAAUAAUAAAUAAUAAGCUGCGCACUGAUUUACCCACAUAUAAGAUAUCAAAGUGAUUCCGCCAAUCUAAUUCGAUGCAUGGUAUUAUUUGAAAUAAAACGUUACCAAUCCAUUUUAAUUGGUGCAAGAAUUUAAUUUCUCAAAUUGUUAUAUUUUAUUAUAUUUUCAGUAAAUAAACAUUUUAUGCUAUUAAGAUGGAUCUUGCUAAAGCGCACAGUUGUUAUUU